AUGCGAGCAGAACCUGCCUCGAAUCCAGCCCGCAGAACCUCCAAGAAUCAUCGUCUCGAGCCACGCUCUUCCCUCAAAAGUCCGAAUGUAGCAUCCAACCAAGCCACAGGCCUGUACGACUCGGCUUCUGUACAAGACCGUAUUCGCCAAUGGCAGGCACAAGGUGCCGCAAAUGCUCCAGCGCCAGAUGCGGUGAGUCUGCGAUCGAUACCUACCUCCGAAUGCGCAUCUACGGUUUCAAGACCGAAAUCAGAGUACGGCGACGAGAACGGAGAGCGCCCUGGCGGGAGAGCGACGGAGAAGGAGACAGACGAACAAUAUCAAGCAAGGAGCAGUAGCACUCCCAGGAAGCGAGUCAUAAGCGAUGGUCAUUGGAGAACCAAAAAAGAGGUCGAGAAGCAGAGUCAUUCUAAGCCACUUCCCAGGGCAUGUCCAGAGUCGACGCGCUACGAUUUAUCCUAUACUUCAAAUCAGGAGAAACGUCAAGGGCGACAGCAGUCAGAGCGCCAUCAAAACAUUGAACUUGAUCGAGAAGAGACAACGAAAUUACGUUCUGACAACAGGGCCAGGGUGGCGCCAGUCGUGUCUGACGAACCGGUGCAUGCUCCCGAAGAUCAACCUCCUCCUUAUGAGGUCGAAAGUCAUGUUGACGACGCACUGGCUCGACAUUGGACUACCGAAUCAGUCAUCUCCGGUGAUGUCGAUCGCAACUCCGAUUCGUCAAUACAACCAGAAGACAACCGUGGAAGCAACCGAAAACGGAGCAAGUAUGCGGAAAUGCUGGGGAGAACAACUGCAGCUCCUCGGCAGGGGGACUUACCAAGGUCCAAAAAGGGCAGGUUGUUUGGCAAAACUAGAGACAUGUUCAUGAAAUCGGAAACUGCACCAGCUGCCAACAACAGAAUCCCAAGCAUAGAAGCAUGGCUAGACGAACAACCUGACCCGUUGGUGGAUGAUGUUGCUCAAGAUGAGCUACCUCCAGUCGAAAUGCCACGUCCAUUAAGGAAGCGCACCCAUCGAAAAAGAUCUUCAGCGGAGACAUCGCAUCUGACAGACCCCAACAACAUCUGGGCAUCCAUUCAGCCACAUAAGGAAUCCAACUUUCAAGAAUGUGCCGGCCAUAAUGAACCGGCCAAGGGCGAGGGAAUGAACACUCCAGAUAGUGACCAUGAUUCUACGCCAAAAGUGCGAAAAUCUCGCAGAGAUGGUCAGAACGACCCCGAUGGCUCACCAUCAGGUUUGCACCGGAGAGGGGCCAGAAUUCGCCGACAGAGAGAGUCUCUGCCAAAGAAUCCUGUUGCACAUCCAGAAUGGCCAAAUUUAUCAGAUGUUCUGGCCCAAGAGCCCCUGGACGGAAAUUCAGAGGUCAAAACCGUGGCGUCACCUCAACGACAGUCCCCCCCGCCCGGAACACAUCGACUCUCAACAAUUGCUUUCGCAGAGACGUUCAAAGAGAAUGGCCCAAUUGUCUCGUCCCAUGAAACAACGCCUAAAGAGAACCAUGGACUCAAGCGCAGAUUUACAACACAUGAAGAUUUGAUGUCGAAUCUUUCAUUACCAAGAGCCAGCAAGAGCCGUCGUUCUAGACGCAGCAGGAGAAACCAGCCAACAGCUGAGCAGUCCAAUUCUGCACGAGAAGUCCUUGAAGCACUGGUGACAGAUGAGACAAGAUAUGGAGGAGAGUUGCGGACUUUGGUGGAUGGUGUUAUACCAGUUUUACUUCAAUGCGUCCUCUCCAAGACGGACUCGGCUGCGGCGACCGGAUUGUUUACGUCUUCGAUUGCCGCGCACGACAAUUUGAGCUUCACCAAGCCCAUCAUUGACAUGGGCAUCGCUCUGGAAAGAUUGAGAACAUUGCACAAUCGGAUCCCAUUCCAAAAUCUGGACAAUCUACUCAACUGGGCGCAAACUUCACAGAAAGCUUACAGAGAUUAUAUUCAAGCUUGGCGGCUUGGGUUUCAGGAUGUGAUUGUCAAUCUCGCGCCUCUCGAGAACUCGACUUCAUCUGCAGAGGGAAUGGCACGAGAUGAGCUGGGAGAUUUGAUCGACGCUGAGGGCAAGAAGGUGGAUGUUGCUUAUUUGCUGAAAAGACCGCUGGUCCGGGUCAAGGCUCUUAGCAAGACCUUUGGCCAGAUCAGAGAUCAAUGCGACAAGCCCCUUGCUGCCCAAAUGGCCGAUACAUACACUGAGCUUACAGCAAUGGCUAAGCGGCGUCAUCAGGAAGAACAGGCCAGGCUCGAAGACGAAGCGGCCGCAAGCAUUGAUUCGACGCGAGCUCGUGACAUAAGAACCAUGGCGGCGACUGCAGGCGUUACCGUCGAGCAAACUCGGCGCGUCAAAGCCAGAGACUUCUUUGACCUCACUCUAUAUCACUCAAGUGGACAAAGGAUGGACUGUGGUAUCGAGAUGAUUUUUCGAGACAACGCCCGUGGAGGCCCUCCUGGCGGUGAUGUUCUCGUUUGCGAAGUUGACGACACCGGAAAAUGGCUGCUCUUCGCCCCUGUGGAGCUAACCUCGAUAUCAGCCAGACGCGGUGAGGCCGGAUUUGACCUCGUCGUCAUGAUACGCGGUCGAGCUGGCUUUGGCCAGGAAUGGCAUGAACUACUGGCCCUGAAGACUGAAGAUAAAGAAGCAGUCGCUGAAUGGAUGAAUAUGCUCGGUUCAAACCCUUUACCUCCGAGACUUGAUCGAUCGCCAAGUUUCGUUAAACGUCCGGGGCCCUCGAUCGCCCGGUCGUCAAACGAAGGUCAAUCUCAGGCACAAGAAGGCAAGAGUCAGACCAUCAACGAGAAUCCUCGACCAGAAAACUUAGACGUGCCCAUUGGAGAGCCGUCUUUGCUGGGAAAAUCUAGCGAUUUGAGUCGACGCUCAGAACACACGAAACCUUUAUUCGAUAAAUCGCCACCACGAUUGAAUCUUGGAGGUGGACUAGCAUCGAAACCGAUACCAAAGUACCAGAUCCCUUCUGUAAUAACUUCAAAACGAGCAGCCCCAUCGGUCGUGUCAUCAGACAGGUCUACAAUUUCAGACCGAUCCACCAAGGACACCACCACGACAUCGUCCUCGUCAUCGAAAACUACGUCGCCCAAACUUGGGUCGCCUUCAGAGCAGAGAUCGAGUGUUGGAGCUCUACGUUCGCCUCCACAGCCACUUAUUCCGGAAUCUUCCCGACGAGGACGGAAUCUACCUAUACGAGAUGCUGGUGCUCGGGACCUUCCUACGCCUAGAAGAACGGGCAAUGAUUCGCGGGAGUGGACGGGCUCGCCUAUCUCGAGGGAGAGCCAUUCGCCAAAAGGCAGCAUGGCGGAAACCCAACCAACUGCGCAGCCUCAAACAAUUCCUGCACAGUCAACUCUAAAGCAAGAGAUGCCACAAAGGCCAGAAAACUUCCGAGCACUAUCGUCGACACCUUCGCGAGAACUUCCAACAGUUAGCAAGCUUAGAACACAACCACAGCUACCUAGCCCUUCCUCCUGUGAGCCUGUUAGAACAAGUCCAGAGGCACAAAAGCCGUUGCCGGAAAGCGAAGUGAAAAUUCGCCGGUCCAAACGAGAGAACAAGAGCCCGUCGAGGAGCCAAAUUUUCACAGAGGAUGUACCAACACCUCCAACACAGAGUCCCCGUCAAACACGGCCAUUGAGUGCCAGCUUUGGGUCCCAACCAUUUUCUCCAGCCGCUCCACCUCAGGUCAAUCCUGGUGUUCUACAACCUAGGCCAAAUACCAGGCCUGUCCCGGAAUUGAAUCCUACUCCAAGUCCUUCAGAUAAGACGAAAAAACGAAGGACGUCUUCUCCCUUGAAGCACGAAUAUGCGCCUUCAACAAGUUCAGACAGCUCCUCUGACUAUGACACAGAGAGCGUGAGCGAUUCAUCAUCGGACACUUCCGAGGAUUUGGGAUCCGAAGCUGAGGAUAUGCCCACACCCCUUGUUGCCAUAACUGCCGGUGAACGGCGAGCAUCAAAGCAUUCACAGCCUCCGUCAUCAAUGCAAUCCACGGGAACCCGGACAUUAGCCCCAUCAGAUUCAGCUUCUCAAGGCCCAUACCGAAAAGUUCCUGCGUCGAAUGCGGUUCCAUGGCAUAAGAAAUCUAAGACCAUUGCUUUGAUAUGCUCUUGGUCGGAUCGGGGCAUGUGGGAACAAGUUCAUCCCGAUGAGUGUUCGAUUGUCAUUUCCCCAGGCUUGAUCGAAGCUUUCGAAAUGUCAGCUGCUCAUUCGGAUCCACAUUUGUCAUUUGGAACUCGAAACUCGGAAGACGGUGACCCGCAGACGUCGUCCCACUCUCAGCAACCCCUGGUGGCCUUUGAGCUGACACCCAUCGUCCCGCUUCGUCGAGGAACUGCUUUGGAUAUCUCGAUCCGUUCCCCUCCGACCGCGAAUUCAAAAAUUCGGACAACCAACAAUAUCAUGUUUCGCUCACGGAAUCCAGAGGAGUGCGAAGCAUUAUAUGGAAUGAUAAACUGGGCUCGCUGUAAUAAUCCCACUUAUAUUCAAUUGCAAAAUGCCCGUCCCAAUCGCCAGCCAUCGGUCACUUUCGCCGUCAGCCAAGAUCGACACGGCCGCUCGAAGUCGAGCUCAUGGUUCAGCUUUGGAAGUCAAAAGAAGUCGAGUUAUCGUGCUUCCUCUGCACCGACACCUGCGUCUGUCGACAUGUCCGUUGAAAGCUCUGGAACCAUGGCGAGUGCGUUUUCCGUGCUCAAGAAAUUUGGUGCCAGUUCCGCCUUCAAUCUCAACCGCUCUUCAGUGGUGCGGAGAAAUGGUAGCGGCGGCACAGGUGGGUCUCUGUAUUCGUCGAGCAGCGGCACGGGUGCUGGCUCGGGUUCGAGUACGCCGGUACCCAGUCAGCUUGGCUUUGUCCCAGGCAAAGACGGUCCGAAUGUUCCAUCAACUAGUGCUGAGGCGGCGAGCGGAGGAGGAAUGGUCAACAAUAUGAAGAUUCGGUUGUACACAAGGAAAGGGCAGCACUGGGAAAAUUUGGGUUCCGCUCGUCUGACUGUUUUGCCAGCGCCGACAGGUGCGGCAGACAGUGGCCCGACAACACCGAACCGAACGGGAAAUCUCGCGGAACCAUCGCCACCAGCGACACCGGCCCAUGGACGAUCUCCAUCACACCUCUCGCCCAUCGGCCAGCCGGGACAAACCCGUGCACCCGGGCUUCCCAGCUCCAGUCACACACCGCAUCGAAUUCAUGGCAAUGGUCGUGAAAAGCGCAUCCUCAUCACCAAGAACAAAGACCGUGACAUCGUACUGCUGGAUAGCGUUCUAGGCGAGAGUUGUUUCGAAAGAAUUAUGCAGACAGGCGUAGCGGUCAAAGUGUGGAAUGCGGAUGAUGUGAUUGCGGAAACGGGCGGAGUCACCAUGGGCAAAGAAAAGGUCUAUAUGAUGCAGUUCCCUGGAACGAGAGAAGCAGGCUGGGUGUUCGGGCUGUGUGGCACGUAUCGGUAUGGCAAUGUGAGUGAAUGA